AUGGGAACCAUAAUGAUAGGCUAUUGGCCACGUCAAACUUACAUGGAAAAUGGAGCUUCUGACGUUUCCUUCGGUGGACUUGCAGGAACUACAUUGCCUGACACCCUACUCCCACCAAUGGGAACUGGAGAUUUUCCGACAGGAGAUUUGACUCGGCCAACUUUCAUGAAACAGCUUAAAUAUGUUCUUUCGAAUUAUACAGUAGAGGAUAUUAAUUACAACGAGAUAGGGCAUCAUGUUGACAAUCUUGACUGUUAUGACGUAAUGUAUCUUUCGUACGUAGAUUCUUUUUCAAGAGAGACUCUCACGUUUGGAGGACCUGGUGGACGUUGUAUUAAGUAA